AUGGAGAAACAUCCAAAAUUUGGACGAUUAGAUCUUAUAAUUGGACCCAUGUUUUCUGGUAAAUCUUCAGAAUUAAUUAGAAGGAUAAGGAAAUAUAGACUUUGCAGCUAUAAUUGUGCUCUAGUUAAGUUUGAUGCGGAUAAUCGUUAUUCCAAUGAUUUGAUUAUGACACACGAUGGAAAGAAAAUGACUGCAAUUAAUUGUCAUGAACUUUAUCAUAUUGUCAAUGUUGAGCAGUAUGAUGUUAUUGGAAUUGAUGAAGCACAAUUUUUCUCUGAUAUAUUUCCAUUCUGUAAUGAAUAUUUGAAGAAAGGAAAAAUAAUGAUUGUAGCAGGACUGGAUGCAACUUAUUUACGAACUGGUUUUGAAAAUAUUUUGGCACUAGUCCCAUUUGCAAAUAAUGUUGAUAAGCUUUCCGCUAUUUGUAUGUCAUGCGGUAAAAAUGCCUCAUUUACAAAGAGGAUAUCUGGAGAAGACGAGAUUGAAGUUGUAGGUGGGUUGGACAAGUACAUGGCAGUUUGUAGAGAUUGUUAUAAAAUCCCAUCACCUCCAAAAAGAACUCCAUUUAAGUCUUCUAAUACACCAACCUUUUCAGAAGUGUCUAAAUUAAACUAUGAACCUCCUUGUAAACGGCAAAUAUUUAUCUGA